GAGCUUCCGUUCAGCUUAAAUCUCGAUAAGAGAAGCCUGCGAGAAGAAGGCGAGGAGAGAACCGGGACGGGAGGAGCGGAGAGGCGAGGAGAGGCGAGUGAGGACGGACGGACGAGAGAGAGAGAGAGAGAGAGAGAGAGAGAGAGAGAGAGAGAGAGAGAGAAAGUACAGAUGAGGAUCCGUAAGCGGAGGGCGCAGGAAGUCGAUCGCCUUCCCACUGAACCCUCGGGCUCUUCAGCAGCAGCGCUGCACCGAGCGGAUCAUAAUGACAGGGUGGAAAUUGGGUCGGAGAGAUUUGAGCUUGUGACUAGGAGUGGGGGUGAGGCAGCGGCGCUCUCACUCGUUCUUCUAGCUGCUGAAGGUGUGCCACAUAUUGCGCAGGAGUACAAAACCCGACAGAAUUUCUUUCGCCGGGACAGUGGAGUUCGUUCUAGAUAUCAAACUCAAUCCGCUGACUCCCUGUCAAGGAAAGAGAAGGCGGACAGGUCGUCGAACAACAACGCCAAGGCCGCAUCAGGACAAUUCACCACAGAAGGAAGCAGGAAGUCACCACAAGUACAUUUUAAACGUGUCCCAAGCAAGAUGCACGAGACGGGCUCCCACAUCACUUCAAGUUCGGAUGGGGAUUUACCAACAGAAAAAAUUGGGGGAGAUGAGGAAAAAUUGGCCAGGACUGAUUCCGAUUUCGAAGACGGUUCCAGUCAUCCAAGUAACCAGCCUGAAGGGUCUCUCACUCACUCACUUUGUUGUAUCUUCGCCGAGCUUCCAGGAAAUGUGGGUCUGAGUGCUCGGGAAGCUCUUUCAAAAAUUCAAGAGAGAGGUCUUCCAGGUUUGAUUGAAGGAGAGGGAGUGCCCAGUGUACAAGUGGCCAAGAUUAUGCGAAGUAACCCAUGCUUUGUACCCGUGAGGGGUGGAAAGUAUCUAUUCUCAAGAUUUCCGGAGAGGGUCGAUUCUGAGAGAAAUGAACGGGCCCCCAAUGCAUGUCCCAAGGACGAGAGUCAUAAAACGAGAGGAGCGAAAUCACAGUCUGAAAGCGGCAAUGGUAGAAUUUCUUCCUCCUCGAAGGACGUGCCGCCCACCAUCACUGAGAAAGAAGUUACCGGAAUCUCGGGGCCCUCCCAAAUCGACGUCGUCGGCACAAGAUGUACCCGAGUCGACGGUCGGAGCUGGCAGUGUCGCCGAACGAGCAUGCCCGGAUUCUCUCUUUGCGAACACCAUCAUCUGCAGCUCAGCAGUCAGUCUCGCAGGCAGAGGAACUUCCAGCGAGCUUUCAAUCAGUCGUCGAGGAAGCGGCUGCGCAAAGGAGAGAAGAGAGGCGAUGCCAAGGGAGAGGCACAGGACGGAAACAGGACGGCGAAUGCUGAAUCGGGCCGUCGGAAAGUGGUAAAAGCCCGGUCCUUAGAAGCGAUAGUCCGAGGCACAGUGGAUGUUGGAUCGGUUAACAGCAGCCCCUCAAUCAGAUAACAGAGGUUAUGGCCUUAUUUCAUGGAUACCGCCAAUUCGGGAGUGAACCGUGCCGAAAUAUCUCACAUUUCCUAAUAAUGGAUGACGCUGAGAAUCCUGAAUACAGGUACAACUCCAUUCUGCGGAAGUAGUGAGUAGGGCAUGUUAAUCACCAUGUUAGUGAUGUCGAUUAUUUUUGAGAAUGUAGAAAGUGUUAAUCAAAGGCUCUGCGUCCACAUGUUCUAAAUCAUAUCAUGGGUUUGAAAUGUCAAAACACUACUCUCUUCACGGAGUGUGGGAUCUUUCUCUAGAUUGUC